AUGACAUAUAUUCUAUGUCUUGCUCACUACUGCGAUCUCCAUGGCCCGACACCUUUGAUGGUCACUGAGGGCCUACCAGCAUCAUGCACCGUAUGCUUUGAAGACGGUACAGAACAUGCCAAUGACCGAUCGCGAACCAGCCCGCAUGCUUCCUCGACCGCCCUCAACGAAGCCUUGAAGAACCUUGACCUUGCCCGGAGCACGUCGGUGCCAGCUUCUGAGCAAGAUGCUCAGGCGCAACGCGCAAAGCUAUUGCGAAACUCCAGCUCGAAUACUGGCGCAAACGCAAGUGCAAUCGAUACACCUCCCGAAAGCCCUCGACCAGCUCCUCCUCAUCCCCGUCGCGAUUCGAGUUUCCGAAGAACUUACGAUGAGACGGUCACUAAGAAGCAAGGGCCUUGCGAUAAUUGCGCAAUGACCUUGCCGCGACAGCAGGCGGGAACGAAUAGUCCUCAACUAGCAAACAACGCCCGGGGGCCAACAUUGCGCACGCGUGCGCCUGCAGAACGGGUUUUCGGUGCUUCGGGUCAGGCAUCACCUCCCAAUUCGCAAACCUCGAGCGAUACGGAUGGGGAGCGGGACGAGGACCCUCGCGCUCCUCGUCAUCGAGUGACACCCUCAGUCAGCUCACGCAACACUUCGCGAUCAAGCAAAAGUGGUGGUACAGGCAAUUCGACCGCGGCCGAACGGACACCCUUCCACCUCCAUUAUGUCGACUAUACAUCUACCCACGCUCCGGUCCUACCCGACUCUUUCUCCCUUAUCCGUGCUUCUUGCUUGCGCACUCUAUCCUUCGAAACUUUGCCUCGGGCUCCUUCUACAGCAAACCCUACCUCGCCCGUCAUGACUACUUCCCCGGCCUUUGUUACGACACAGAGCGCCGGCUCGGCUGUCACAGGCGGCCCCAUCUUUUUCGGCGAUGCCAACGCUGGUUACACGACGGCUUACAUCUUCCGUAUUCCUGAUGUACACGCACGUGGUCAUAAGCGAGUGUAUGCCUUCUUGGCGUUGAGUACUCACCGAGAGCGCUUGGCUAUGAAGACAUUUGCCGUGGUUUCGACAGCGUUCCGUGAUUUCGCUACAUGGAUCCAGCAACUGGCUGAGGCCGAGGCCGAGCGAGCGGCCGAGAACUCUCCUAUUGGCAAUAGCAUCUAUGGGGGUGGCUAUGCACCUACACAACCACCUGUCGAAUCCUCUGGAGGCACAGAUCGCAAUGGCAGCAGCUUUCUGACAGGUGGUAGCGGGUUCACCCGACGCAUGGGUGGCGGACCUGGUGCCUCGGCCCCUAAAGCUCGCGGCCUCGCGGAGAUUGUUGGACAGCCUGAUAUCUUCAUCGAGCUACACCGACGUUUCGUUCACCUGCUUUUUGAAGUCGGUGUUACUUUGAGCUCGUAA